AUGGAUAGCUUGGCUUCGGCAAUUGACAAGGUUGAAGGCGUUUCCUUGAUGCGUUCGAGGCUUCACGAACUGCCGUUGAUGCGCCAAAUCAAGAACGUACUUGAGACGGAGGUGAUGUUGGCAGUUUUUGGCGCUACGCUGGCUUGGAUUCCUUUGAUGCAGAAAAACUCAUUUGUGAUCGAGAUGCACCCUGGCCCUCCUGAAGGAUUGACGCUUUGGGGGAGUUGCUGGACUGCUCCGCCUGGCAUCUUUCCCACGAAAGCUCUUGCAUCUUGGGACGUGAACCCCAGAAGUGAGUUUGGCGGCUGGGCCAGAACCGCACAUGUGAACCACGCUUGUGUGGCAAGACCUGCAUCAACAAACAGGCGCUGCCUCCGGUCACUUCGAGUGGAAGCCUUUGAGGUUUGGUCGUUCGAAGCUGACGUCGAUGAAAUCGUCACCCUAGUUAAGGAUGCAAAUAUGGCAAGGAGGAGAAACGAGAAGGGGCGAUGA